AUGGUUGCGUGGUGGUUGUUGAAGGGUAGGGCAGGAGGUGGUAAUUCCCAUUUCAUCACUGGCGGGUUUAAUUACCAACAGACAAAGGGUCUGGUCAAUGUGAAGCUAAAAUGGGUGAAAGAUCGUGUAUUAGAUUCUGUUGUGGCUGGUGGGAGAGAGCUCAGGGCAGUUUCUCUCCUUGUUUCCAUCAUCGCUUCAAACCCCCAAUGCUGCGUUCCUCUCUACCACUUCUCUCGCUGUAGAGGCCAACUGGGUCUCCCUCAAAAUACUAAGAUUUCAACAUUUACCAGAAAAUAUCCUUCUAUUUUCGAGGAAGUUCAUCUUCCUAACAAUGGAGGCACUCGUGUCCCGUGGUUCCGUUUAACUCCCCAAGCCUUGUCUCUUCACCAAGAAGAAGUCAGGGUUGUGGAAGCGUGUCAAAUGGGUCUUGUUGAUAGGCUUCGGAAGCUGCUCAUGCUGACAAAGGAUAGGACUCUUCCUUUACAAACAAUUGAUCAGCUAAAAUGGGACUUGGGCUUGCCUUUUGAUUAUAUGAAUUCAUUGAUUUUACAAUACCCAGAAUUAUUCUCUGUUGUUAGCCUUCCUGACAAUCGUUUUGGCUUGAAACUUCUGGUCUGGGACGAUGGAUUUGCUGUUUCACAGUUGGAGAAGAAUGCCCUUGUGCAGGGAAGGGAAGGAGAUGGGAGAAAUGGGACCUUGGCCUUCUCAAUUGGAUUCACAAGGGGUUUUGGACUGAAGAGAAAAUGCAUGGAGUGGUUGGAAGAAUGGCAGAAGCUCCCUUAUACUUCUCCAUACACUGAUUCAUCCCAUUUAGAUCCGCGUACCGAUGUGUCUGAGAAGAGGAUAGUUGGUGUCUUUCAUGAGCUUUUGCAUCUCACCAUACAGAAGAAAACUGAGCGCAAAAAUGUGAGCAAUCUCCGUAAGCCACUGGACUUGCCGCAGAAGUUUACCAAGGUGUUUGAGCGGCAUCCUGGCAUUUUCUACAUUUCUAAGAAGUGUGACACCCAAACUGUUGUUCUAAGGGAAGCUUAUGACCGCCACAGACUCAUAGAGAAACACCCCCUAACUGAUAUCAGGGAAAGAUAUGCAAGUUUGAUGGAAAAAGGGUUUGUGGAUAGGAGCAGGGGGUUAUACAAGAAAAACAAGUGUGAGGGUCUAGAGGAGGAUCCUUUAGAGAGGAUUUCUGGUGGUGAACUCAGUGGAUUUCAAUAUGAAGGGGAGUCAGAUGAUUAUCGGUAUUCAGAAUAUGAAUCAGACAAGACUAUGGAUAAUUCUUGCUGA